UGUUUGGACGAAGAAAUAGUUUUUUGGAACGCCCGUCAUAGAUAUGAGUCGAUUAAACAUGAGUUUACGAAUACACGUUGCUUUUAGUAGAGGUUUCGUGGAUUUCGUGUAAAUGCAUGUAACGGCUUGGGGGAUGCUUUCGAAGUUGGCCAUUUUGGCGGGUGACGUGUUUCGUGCUCGGCCUUCUGACAGCCAUAUCGGAAUCCCGCCGGUGGAGGGAAUCGGAGUUGUUGGGAUCGUUUUCUACGAGGCGAUCCAAAAAUGCAGCUAAUUCAUUGAAAAAGCGGUAAAUAACGAUGCCGAAGAAUAUCGAUCUAGACGCGUACCGCCCGACGGUAAACAGAAGAUACGCCUCGUUGAGUCUUCAGCUGCGCUAGGGGGGCAAUGCACCAUGGGAACAAUUUGCGACACGCGCAUGCGCAGUUUAGUUUACAGUUGGAGCUUGGAAGAAAAUGGCGUCAGCUAAGUUUCUGGAGGAAGCUCUGAGCACGGACGUCGAUGAAUCUGCAGUGAACGCGAUAGUGGGUUCGCUUGAGACGCAGCUGGUAACGUCGACGCCGACCGUCCCAGGUCAUCAGGCAAGCUCCGCCGCAGUUAGCCAGCAGAACCACCAAGUGAACAGCGCUAUUUCCAACGGGGGCACCAUCCCCGCGAUUCAGCCACAGAAACAUGGGGUUGCCAACGGCAGCGGUGCCACCUCCGUGAAUAGCCUCAUUACUCACGAUACCGGCAAGACUAUCACAACGAGCACUCUCCUCCCUGUAAACGUGGUUACUUCAAACGCGGUCGCGCCAGUGGUUCAAGCCAGCUCUCAGCAGCAUACACAAUCCGGAAUUCCUCCCGCCGCCUAUAUCAGUCAAGCGACCGCCAACCAGGUGACCGCAACCAAUCAGACUGGGAUAUCCAGUUUGACCAAAGCUCACGAGCAAUCAGUCAAGAUCAUAUACCCUGGAUCAGCACAGGCAAUAGCCACUACUGGUGUAGUCAACACCAAUAACAAGAUCACCUUUCCUGCACAAACUGUGGGACAGUUAGCCAACGGUGCAUUGGGAGUUACUUCUCAAGUUUUGCAGGCUGCUUCGAAUGUUACUACUAAUGUUGGUUCAGCUAUUCAGGCUACUGGUCAAAGUACAGCGAAUGUGAACAAGCAAACUGGCACUGCCUUGGUGAUAAAAACCAGUGCUGCACCCGGUGGCAUGGUUUCCGUCCCAAUGUCUGUUCCUGUUUCCGUGGCUGGUAAUGUAGCCAAUACCACGCUUCAAGGGAAGGCGGGUGUCACAUCUACAAUAGUGCCCAGUAAUGUGCAAAUACUGAAUGUAAACACAAUGCGGCCUGGCACUCCAGUAGCUGGACAACAGCCAGGCAAACAAGUGACCUCUAGGGUAGUCAUUGGUCCACACAUGGUUGGAGCUAGGCCAGGGGCACCUGGGAUCACCUUGCAAACGCUUCACGGUCUUCAGCCAGGCACCCAGGGGCAUCUUCUAUUGAAAACAGAAAAUGGACAGUAUCAGUUAUUGAGGGUAGGACCAGCACCAACUGCUGGUACUCCGAGUGGUACUACGGUGACUCCAAAUAGCAUUGCGGGAAACGCAGUGGUUGCGCCAACCGCAGGCACCACGUAUCGCCUAGCCUCUGUGCCGGCUGUAAGUAGGCUGAACACACAGUUCACUGGCCCGCCACUCGCCACCCUAAGAAAACCCGUUCAGACCGCUACCACAAGUGUAACACCAGCAGCUACAACUCCAGGUACAGCAACUACUGCUCCCACGGCUGCACCUACAUCUGCUGUCAAUGCCGUACAAACAGUUCAAACACCGGCGCAGCGUCAAACCACAGAUAAUACCAAAGAAAAGUGCCGUAAAUUCUUAGCAAACUUAUUAGAGUUGUCUAGUCGAGAACCUAAAUCAGUGGAACGAAAUGUUCGGACGUUAAUUCAAGAACUAAUUGAUACAAAGGUUGAACCCGAAGAGUUUUGUGAUAGACUUGAAAGAUUACUAAACGCGUCACCGCAACCAUGUUUAAUCGGGUUCCUGAAGAAGAGUUUGCCGCUCCUGAGGCAGUCCCUCGUUACCAAGGAGUUGGUCAUCGAGGGAAUACGACCACCACCUGCGAACGUUGUAUUUUCUAUAGCGUCAGCGGCCCCAGUCGUCAGUCAGGUACAAAAUCAAUUGAGGCCGACCGUUGCUACGCCAGCCCCAACGCCAUCGGUUGCGGCGGCUGCUGCGGCUGUCGCCACGACCCAAGUAAGGGUCAUGGCACCCCUUACCGCAGCUACCACGACCGUGCAGCGACCUGCACAACCGGCUCAACAGAGACUGAUUCGACCGGUGACGACGGUAGUACGAAGCCCCACAGCUUAUGCUGUAAAAACAACAGUCGCUGUUAGCGGUAUUAGACCCACAGUGCCGAAUGUUCAAAAACCACCCACUACAAAUAUCGUGAAGACAAUUACGACAACAGCGCAAGGGAAAACGGUUAAUACAAACACUACACUCAAUAAAGCCGUAGUGCCUUCUCUCGUACCAAAACCGACGGCUAAAGAAAAGGAGAAAAAGACAUUUUCAUCGGCUGGUUACACGGGCGACGACGAUAUUAAUGAUGUAGCGGCUAUGGGGGGUGUCAAUCUCGCGGAGGAAUCUCAAAGAAUUCUUGGAUCAACUGAAUUCGUUGGGACGCAAAUUCGGUCUUGUAAGGACGAAGUCUUUUUGCAUAUGACUCCGCUGCAACAGAGGAUUAAACAAAUAGUUUCAAACUACGGAUUGGAAGAACCUAAUCAAGAGGUUGCAUCGCUCAUCUCGCAUGCGACGCAAGAAAGGUUAAAGAAUUUAGUGGAAAAGUUAGCUGUAAUAGCCGAACACAGGAUAGACUUGAUCAAGGUGGAUCCAAGGUACGAAGUGACACAGGACGUGAGAGCGCAGCUCAAAUUUUUGGAAGAAUUAGAUAGGGCAGAGCGCAGAAGGCACGAGGAACAAGAGAGAGAAUUACUUUUACGAGCGGCGAAGAGUCGCGCGAAGACGGAGGAUCCUGAACAGGCGAAACUCAAGGCGAAGGCUAAAGAGAUGCAACGUGCGGAAAUGGAGGAAUUGAGGCAAAGGGAUGCGAAUUUGACGGCGUUACAAGCAAUCGGGCCACGCAAGAAGCCAAAGUUGGACAUGGGAGGGUCGACCGGUAGUGGAAGUGGUGGUAGCGGUUUGAACGCGUCGGCGUCGGGGUUGAAUCGGCAAAUGCCGAUGAGACCGCGAUUAAAGAGAGUGAACUUUCGCGACCUGCUUUUCCUCCUGGAGCAGGAGAAGGAGACGUGUAGGAGCACCACGCUCUAUAAGUCCUACCUGAAGUGAUGUUCUGCGAAGGGCAGGAACGUGAGUGACCCGCCCGAAAUCCGGCGCCCAACUACUACUACUACUGCUACUACGUGUACGGUGGUCUUGCGUGAGCUGGCCUCAUUGGACCUCGGAAGAGGAGAUAGCGAGACUUUGCACCCAAAGGUGGCGGUGCUGCGCGAGUCGCGUACAACGGAACUCACAACAGGCCGGCCUGGUAUUUCAUACACAUUCAAAGUAACGUUAUUCGUACCAUGUCGAUAAUAAGCUUCCCUACUGUAAAUGACUGAAAAUUUUUUAAAUGUAAUAUAAAUAGAUCAUUCUUUAUUUUUCAACAUGAAGUUGCAUCAAUGAGGCGAUUGAAAAGAAAGAAAAAAAGAAAAUGUGCACGAGCACAUGUCCCACGGGUUAGUCUCGAUAGUCUCGACGGCAAGGAUGUUUCGUAUGGUCAUAUACGCUUGACGGUAUAUGAUGCGUGGAUGUGCCCCCGAGUGAAUGAAUGUACAUUGUCACAUUAUGUAUAUGCCUGCUGCAUUGUAAUACUUGACCUAUACUUUUGGACACUGUAGCGCUAGUGUAAUAUAAGCGUACAGGUUUUGUUAAAAUAGUAAAAAAAAUCAUAUUUUUGCAAAUAAUAAUGAUAAUGAAAUAAUAAAUAAUAUACCAGGAGCACACUGUCCAAAAAGUAUGGAAUAAUUUGUACAAUACAUUACACAUAAAUACUAAAUAGUGAUAAUUUCAAUGUUGGUACAACAGAAUAUAGCUACUCGACUAUUCUCCACCAUAAGAUGGAAUUGUUAUCAGUAUAUUAUGUUGUAAUCUACAUUUUCAGUGUUUAUAAAAAUUAGCUGUUACGUUUUUUUAUUAAAGAAAUAUUUACAAAAGUAACCAAUUACGAAUAUUUUUUCGAAACGAAUAUUAAUUUAUUAUUUAUGAUAUUCCUUCGUCGGAAUUACGGAUAGAUAUCUGCCGUCGUUAUAUAACGAAAUGAAUUGUGCUUCGUAAAUGAUAAAGUAGUCGAUUGAAAGAAUUAAAGUAUGUACCUGAUUUAUCUGUAAAGAAUUCUGCUGACAUAAGUGGGUGCCUAUUAGACUAACCAUCUUGGACGAUGUUAGGUUUCAUCUCGCAACGCACCAAUUUGCGUUGAUACUUCGAGCUCUCUGUCCCUCUCACACUUGGUAUCACUAUCCAACCAUCUCCGUCAUCCAGCACCAAUUCUUUUAUCCACAAGCAGCAUCAACCUUUCAUCGUGUCCUUGUACGAAGUGACCCGAUCUUUACCGAACACCCAUUAUCUCUGCUUUCGUUCACUCGGGCAUUUAGGCCAGCGAUAACAAUAUUGCAACAGCAGUGCAUCGUUCGAGCAUCUGCCGCCGUGACAAAUUAACACAAAACCGUAGUUAACCCCUUCCCCACCUCCUCACCUCCCCUCUCUUGGAUUAUACGAAAAAUCUAAUAAUUCAUUGAGUGCAUGUUGAUUAACGCGAAAACGAAACAGUGCGAGAUCGAUCUACCUUACGUAUUAGCCAUUACUGCGUCAGAACGAAAACCUGUUAAAAAAAAAAAAAGAACAAUAUCCAUCUGUAAACAGCAUAAGAUAAGACGUAAAUAGCGUGCGACUGUA